AUGGUGCGCGAAACGGAGCUGUACGAGGUGCUGAACGUGUCGGUUGAUGCCGACGAGCACGAGAUCAAGCGAUCCUAUCGCCGGCUGGCCCUCAAGUACCACCCCGACAAGAACACUGGCGAUGAAGCCGCGGCGGACAUGUUCAAGAAGGUCAGCAACGCCUACGAAGUGCUCAGCGACGCCGAAAAGCGACAGGUGUACGACAAGUACGGCAAGGAGGGACUAGAAAAGGGCAUGGGUGAGGGCGGCGGCUUCCAUGAUGCAACGGACAUCUUCUCCAUGUUCUUCGGCGGCGGCGCGCGAGAGCGCGGGGAGCCAAAGCCGAAGGACAUCGUCCACGAGCUCGAGGUGACGCUGGAUGACCUGUACAACGGCGCCACGAAGAAGGUGAUGAUCUCGCGCAACCGCUUCUGCGGCACCUGCAAGGGCAGUGGACUGAAGCCAGGCGGCAAGCGCACCACAUGCUUCCAAUGCCGUGGUCGCGGGGUGCUGCUGCGCACCCAGCAGGUGUUCCCCGGGUUCCAUCAUCAGGUGCAGAUGCACUGCACUGCCUGCGGUGGCGAGGGCGAAAUCGUUGCGGCCACUGACAUCUGCACUGGCUGCCGCGGCAAGCGGGCGGCGCGCGAGAAGAGUGUGCUGGAGGUACACAUCGACCGUGGCACCUCCAAAUCGGACCACUUCACCUUCACUGGCGAGGGCAAUCAGGAGCCGGGGAUCCGCCUGUCCGGCGACGUGCUCAUCUUUUUAAGUGUACGCUCGCACCCCGUGUUCCACCGCAUAAAUGAUCACCUCAUGAUACGCUGCCCCAUCACGCUGCAGGAGGCCCUGUGCGGGUUCGAUGUGCCCAUCGAGCAUCUCGACGGCCGCGAGCUCAUCAUCAAGGCGUCGCCCGGUCAGGUGGUGCACGGUGACAGCGCCUGGAGCGUGUACAAUGAAGGGAUGCCGGUGAAGGGAACCGGUGGUCUGCAGAAGGGCAAGUUGUUUGUGUACUUCGAUGUCCAGUGGCCAGAGACGCUGCCGAGGGUGCAGAUUGACAAGAUCGUGACCGCCUUGAACGUGCCUGAGAAGCCUAACAAGUUGGGUGGGCAAGUGGUGGAGCUGAGUGAGUACAGGGCCGCCGGUAAAUUCAAGGGAGGCAAGAAGGGAAUGCGCGCCGGGGUGGCGGGGGCAGGGUCACGGUCUGCCGGGGCCGGCCGGGGUCGCGAGGCUGCACGUGGCCGCCAGGCAUACGCCGAGGAAGACGAAUUCGAGGAUGUCACUGACGACGACGGCGACGAUAGGGAGCAUCAGCAGCAUAGCGGCCAGCAGUACUUCCGUGCAGGCCCACGAGGCUUCAGCAGCAACACGCAGACUGUAGAGUGUGCACAGCAGUAG